AUGCCCUCCCCGCCGCCCGGCAUCCCGCCUCGGGGUGGCCCGUCCCCCCGCCGCCUCUUUCCCGCAUACCCCGCAGGGGCUUGUCCUCCCGGCUGGGGCCGGGGUUCCGGGGAGCGCGGUUGGGGGUGGGCGACCCACGCUGCGGCGGCCGUGGGCGGUGAGGGGCCCGCGUGCCGCCCCCUGUCCCGGGGGUGGGGUGGCCGCGCGGGCCCUGUGGGGGCGGCUGUCCGGCCGCCGCGGACCUCUCCCCAGCCGCAGGGGUGGAGGGGGUCGUUCGGUCCGGGCUCUGCCUGCCUUCACUGCCCUCCUGCUUUCCCGAGAGUCGAGGUCGACCAGAAGGUCGGCUGUCGGCGGGGCGCGAGGCGCAGGGUCCCGGUCCCGGUCCCGGUCCCCGUCGGGGUAGAGCGAAAAGGUCUCACGGUGUCGGGCUCACGCUUCCGCCCCAGCCGCGGUCCACGGGGUCGACCAGAUGUCCUCGUCACCGGUCACAGUCUCUGCUGGAGGCUGGAAUCGGCCCAUGCGGCCUCGUCGACCCUGGGGGUCUCCGGGAAAACAGCGCUCUUCCUCCCUGGGAGAGAGCUCUGCAGCUGCAGCUUCUUGACUCCCUCUGAAUUCCUUACUACGUGCCCAAAGAUGGGUGAUGUGUGGACGAAACGCAGUGUGAGGGAGAAGACACGUCUCACACGUGGGCGUGAAGACCCAAUCAUCACGCUUCUGAGCUACAAAUGGAUCUGUGCUUUCUGGUCAGAUGCUGAUCCCUUCGAUUCACAGAUUCAGAUACAUCAUUCAACAACAGAAUGCAUGGUGCUCCUUAUCAUCUUAGAUACUGUCAACAGAAAGCAUUUCAGUGGAUAA